AUGGAUGGGAUCUCAUCGGUUUACGGUGACUCUUGUCCAGGAAAAACCAUGGUGUACAAGUGGCACAGUUUGUUUAAAACGAGAAGGGAAUCCCUUGAAGACGACCCGAGGCCGGGCAGUAGCAUCGAGGUGACCACGCCAGAACUUAUCCGAAAAGUCGAAAAACUUGUACUCAACGAUGCUCGACUAAAGAAGAAACAACUUGCAGAAAUGGUCAGCGCAAGAUGGGUACCGAGAAUGCUCACGCCGCCGCAAAAACAACAAUGCGUAGAGUGUUCAUGUGCAUUUUUCGACCUCUGCAAUCAAGACAAGGAUGGUGUAUUGAGUCAAAUUGUUACUGAAGACGAAACUUGGGUUCAUCAUUAUGAACCUGAGUCGAAACAAGACUCUAUGCAGUGGCAUAAAAAGGGCACAGCACCCCCCAAGAAGUUUAAGGUGUCACAGUCAGCUGGGAAACUCAUGGCAACGGUCUUUUGGGACUCAGAAGGAAUAUUAUUGAUCGAUUAUAAAGAUAAAGGUGUUUCUAUAACCGGAGAAUAUUACGCUUCAAUCUUAGAGCGAUUAAAAGAAGCCAUUAAACAGAAAAGACGGGGAAAAUUGACGAAAGGUGUGCUGCUUUUGCACGACAAUGCGCCCGUCCACAAGAGCCGCGUUGCGUUGGCUGCCCUGCUUAAAGUGGGCUUCGAUAUUUUGAACCACCCACCCUACAGCCCAGACCUGGCCCCGAGUGAUUAUUAUCUCUUUCCAAAAAUGAAAAAAGAGCUGCGGGGUAAAAAAUUUAUCACCGAUGAUGAAGUUAAGGAGGCAGUUUCAGCGUAUUUUGAGGACAAAGACAAAACAUUUUUUUAUGAGGGUAUAAAUAAAUUAAUUGAAAGAUCUGAAAAAUGUGUCCGUCUUGCAGGUGAAUAUAUUGAAAAGGAAAAAUCAUUUGGUUUUUUUAUUUCAACCACUUACCCUUCAUUCCGCGAACAUAAAAACGCUCCCUCGUAG